AUGGUUACAGAUCUCUUUCUGGGCCGAUCAGCUACCGGUGUUGCCAGCCCUGCACGACGCGGUACCCAUAGUAGACGCGGAAGUGUGGUCUCUGAAGCACGGCACAGCGAUGGCGGAACUCGACGGCGGCCUACGCACAGUCGAGAUUCCACAUCCUACAUUGACGGCACCGCGGGACUGAAACAGGACGGGGAGACGGACUUUCAACUUCUUGCCAGUUGCGCCGCCCAGGUGCAGCGGAACCUCAAGACGAGCUCUAAUUCACCCAGUUCCUUCCACACUUUGGCCUCAUACUACACUAGAGUGACUCCCUUAAUUGAAAAUCGUCCGUUUUGCGUGAGCCUUAGCUAUUCUACUUUCUUGUUUCAUAUGCAGAUGUCACGGAUCAGCUUGUCCGAUGUUGAUCUGUAUGUGAAGCUCAUCACCACUGUUCUUUCCCAAAUGAACGAUACCGAACGGCUGCGCCACCCUUUUGUGCAGCAAGUGUUGCGCGAUCAUGUGCUAGGCCUUUCUUCGCCCACUUGCCGCGGUGGUGCGCACUGUGUGGUGCUCCUCCCCCCUCAACAGUACCGUGCAUUUGCUACCAUGGCGUGCAAUCUGUUGGAGCUCGACAUUCUUCCCAUGGACAUAACAUACCAAUUUCAAGAUAAGUUGAGAAGUUAUUGUAAUUCGUUAUCUCCUCUAGUUGCCAAUCGUGCGUUGGCGCUUCUAGUAAAAACUGUUGACCAGGUGCGAAUCGACGAGCAGGUUACAUCUCUACAGUAUGUGCUAAAGACGAAGCCAACCAUGAUGAAUUUAGAUUUUUUGUUAGCCUGUUAUGAGCGCUUGAAACGAGCGGUGACGGACCCGGCUAACGGCCCCAGUUUCGGCCGCGCACUUUCAAUUCAUUGCAGCGAACUCUUCCUACGCUUUCGCUCUCCCAUUCGACGAGAAUAUGUGGAAAGGUACCUCUACCCAAGCCUGUGCCACCCUGACAUGGCGGGCUUCCUAGAUACCGAAACAAUGAGACGACACCUCUUCCAAGAGCUGCUGCCGAUGUGCACCUCUGGGUUAAGCACAGCUAAUCCAUUCUACAUGUGUAUCUGUGCCCUAUUACAAAGCAGGUUCGAUGAUGAAAUCGAUGGGGCUAUCGAAAUCGUAACACUCAUUGACAGCCAAAUGCCGCACGCAGCCUACUUCAUGUCCGCGCUUGCAAUCGACACGCAUAUGUCCGUAUCAAUGUUCGCCAAGGUAGUUAUUGCACUCUCCCGUGGUGCAGGACUAGCUAUGACCGGACAUGAAGUUCCCGAUGAAGUGGCCACAACCAUCAACAAAAGUCGAGCGAAUGUCUAUAAUGUUCUUUUUGUGUUGCGUGAAGUCGUGCGCACGUGUUCAGUGACCGAUUCCCGACGUGCUGUUGACAUGCUCAAAGCCCUUCGCAUCGCCGUACCUAUCAAAUCAAUAGAGGCCCUUGGCAAGUUAUCCACUGAAGCUUUUGAGGGACAUUGUGAUAUUCCAGUCGACCCACAGCUGCUUUGCGCAGAGUUGGCGAUGGUGUUACAUUAUGAACACAUAGUUGAGGCUGUUGAAUCCUCUGUGGAGUACUUCACUGAUGUAUCGACACAGUGCCACUAUUGCGGCAUGCAGCGCAGUGUUUCCUUGAUCUGCUCUGUGAACGGAACUAUGCAUGUGGUUGGGCAGACUUCCGUCAGCCGUGUGCUCUCCACUCUUGCAGAGUGUGCGGGCUCUAAGGUGCUGGUGGAAAGGCUAAUUCAAUAUAUGCGUGACCCCGUUACUCAAAUGAAUAGCGCCGUGCACUUCUUGAUCUAUCACAUUAUCUCGAACGCUGGGCAGCAUCGCAAUACUCUAUUCGUAGCACUGGAACCCUACAUUCGCACUACACUUCUGGCGUUAGUUAGUAUGGAACGUAGCCACAACCAAAUUUCCAGUGAGCACAAGGCCAAUGUUUUAAUGCUACAUGUGAAACUUGUAACGCUUCUUUCUUCGACGAUCGAUGCGUCUUAUCUGGAAAGCAUCCUCAAGGUGUUCGCGGAGCUCAAACUCAACAACAAUCACGAUGCCCUUGCGCUAUGGUAUAUGUGUAAUGUCUUGCUACGGAAUUGUAAGGAAAAUAUCGAUCUUCUACCGACAGACCCGCAUGAAAAUAACUAUUGUGUUGACUUCCCUGGAUGCGCACCGAGGAGUGUCACGUGCGCUGACAAUGCACAGAUGUUGCUGAAGCUUCUAGAUCGCGCGCACAACUUUAGCGCAGAGACCAGAAAACUUGUAGGCUGCUGCGUGUGCAGGAUGAUCCAGGACUUUAAUAUGCAGGCACCAAACAUCGUCAGUGCAUUGCUUUCGUCUUUUGGGUUUGUUCCAAUCGGUCUGGAUUCCCUCAAUGAGUUUGCACUACCCGUGGGUGCGGGCAGCACGUUUUGGUCCUUUUUCUUGAAUCAGAUGAAGACUUCCGCUCCUGCGCGAACUGCCUUGAUGGUGGCACUGGCGAAGAGCAUGUCGCGACGUUUUCGCAUCGCAAAUCCCACCGAAGCGGUGGAGCCAUCUGGUGGUGAAGCAACAGGCCACCUUUUCUCAGUUAUGAUGUACGAGGCUAUGAAACGCAGCCCCCCUUUAGCUCGUGUUGUGCUCUACAUGAUUUCUCACUGGAUGAAGCAGUCAGAUCAUCUGCCUGGAAAGUUUGUAUGUCUUGUUUACAUUUGUGUGCAGCUCAUUAUCGUUAUUGUGGAGCGUGGUGAAGGGGAUGCAUCACGGGUUGAGAUCGAGGCUGAAACGGUACAGGAUCGUAUGCAGUUUGACAACAGUGUCAAGAAAGCCGCCAAGCUCCUAUCGACUCAGCAGUCUCGCCUCGAGAAGCUGGCACCGGCUGUGCAGCGCGAAAACACUGCCUUUUUCCAUCUUGUUCAUCGCCUACAUCGAAAAGUAUGUCACACUAUCGCAACCGUGAAUGGAGAAUCAGUCCCAUCCUUCGAUGGAUCAGAAAGCCAGCAAGGAAUAGGUGUUCCCAAGGGCCCAAAGGGCUCCAGUGCGUGGCAGGAAAACGUGGAGGCCAAUACCACUGCCCCAUUGGUUACCGAAAGUGUAGUGAACCUCAAUGAAUUGUAUAAUGCCAUGGACGACAGUGUUUUCAAUGACUUCCCUGAUGAAGGUGCAAACUUUGGAGACAGCGAAGAGGACGGCUCAGUCACACAUCACAGCAAUAUGUCGUUACCCCUUCCUGCUCCUGUCUCCAGUUCCACAGGCAACACUCAAAAGAAUGCCAAAGAUGGAUCAUUCUUUCCUCAGGAUGUCACUGAUGUUGUGGGUCGUCAUCCCGCUUCAAGCGCAGUGAAUCCAGGUGAUAUUGGUAGACUUCCGUCGCGUUCCAUGAACAAUACUGAGGAUGGGCAAUUGGGGGUUGAACCUGACGUAAAUAUCAAGCCAAACCAUGCCACUGCGACAGCAAGCAUGCGCGAAAGGCUAGUCGAUACGAGUAGUGGGGUUCCCACUACUACCACACAGCACUUAGGUGUCAACCAACAGUCAACUGUGAAUCAGGCAGUUGAUCACCUCAUUCAUCGUGCCGUUAGCCAUUCCGUGGGCACCUCGCCGGGUCUCCCUUCCCAUCAAUCUGACAUGCACAGUCCCCCCGGGCGGAUGGUACGCACCUAUGAUAAGGCUGUGACUGCUCCAUUUAUGAAAAGUUCCGGGACGUCGCCAAUCCAGUUUGACGGCGCCGCGGGGUUUAAAAUGCCCCCAGAGGCGCCUAACAAGUGUUCGAUGACACUGGUUGAGCGAGAUACCGAUGGCCGAGUCUCUGAAUGGGUGGAACCAGGCCUCAGUGAGGAGGAUCAGGGCGAUGUUACUCCCAUCGAUGAGAUCAAACCGCCUCAGCUUCAGGCUACUGUUUUGGCUGGCAGUUGCGAUGGUGUGGUGUUACCCUCUGGAAUGGUGCUGGAGUAUCUACGUACGCAUCAGGCUAUGGAUUCUCUACGCCAUGAGCUGCAGCAACUUGAGAAAAAUCUGAUGGAUCAACAAAUGGUGAAUUACAUGGGCCCACAUCAAGAGCAGCUUUCGGGGAAGGCCGCUUUCCCCUCUACGUCGGGUCUUCAGCAGCACCAACUCACUGUAGAGGGGCGGACCAAUAACUAUGGUGGGCCCCACCAAGUCUCGAAUCCAGCCCCAGGGCGCACCCUCGUGGCGCCUGUACACAUGGUGGAAACCUCACAGGUACGCCACAUGGGGCUAGCACGCCCCAGUGGCGGUACCACUCCCCAACAGAAGCAGUUUCAUGUUCAAGAUGACGGAACUGGCCUGGGAUCGGAUGGAGAGGAGGGCUUGGGAGAGGAGGUUGUAGAUGGCGAAGGCCCCAUUACUGCCGUCAGUGAGGAUCUCUGUGCUAAGCGGGUACGUGUGGAGCACCGACCACAGUGCGUUCCUAUUUCUUCAGAGACACCUUCAGACCAGUAUCGCGGAGUGAACUUUUUCCUGAAGCAAAACCAAGCCAACCAGGAAAACGUUAAUUCUGCAUUGCAGGAUAUUCGCUACAUGCAACGACAAAAAAGUGGUAUGGGCUCUUUGGUUGAAAAGCAGCAUGCUUCUGGAGCAGUUCGUCCUCACAACACAACGGGAGCGCACUUUUCAGGCGAGGAAGCAGAGAACGUGGCUCCUAGUUCUUCUCCCUAUCACACGCUUGUUUCGGAGGGGUUGCCGCCAACUACACCUUUUGGCCAAAUAGUGAUUCCGACCUGUUUUGUGGAGCAAAAAAAUGAUACCGCUGUGCAGGAGCUGCGACAAGUGAUGGGCGCCCACCAUCCAAACGACACCCGUCUUUCGCUAAAAGGCAAGCGCAGGAUACAAGGCAGCGGUGCUUUUGAGAGCGAGGAGACGAGUAACGGUAGGGCUAGCGCAGCUUGGUGGACUGAAAUGAGCUCUGCACCGAUGCCGACCUACGCAGCGGAUCCGCAAUACUCGAUGGAGUUAUUCUAA